UUUAGUUUUCUUGUUGCUUCUUCGGUAUUAAUGUGUUUGGCAGAGUUUUGAAUAAUUUUGUGAAAUUUAUAAAGCGAAUUAGAACAGAUAUUAAUUAAAUAAAAUACAGCGCAAUGUAUCGCGACCAAUGCAGGGCCUUGUACUAACAAUUAAAGUUUAUGAUGGUGUUAAUUUCAAGAAUCAUGCGUAAUACUCUGGCGAAAUAUUGAAUGGUUUGUUUAUUUGCGCCCACGCUGAGUGCAUUUAACAAAGUGUACUUGUGCCACAGUGCAUAUGAAAUAUUUUAAAAUAGCAAAUAUAUAUAUUCAAAUAUUUUUAUAAUUUACGAGUUAAAAUUGAUGAGUAAAGCGAGCAUAAAAGAGAAAUAUUGAAGUGUUUACUGGCUGAAUGUGCUUGUUCAUUGAAAUAUAAGUGCAAAUAUAUACCGACAUAUCGAAUUUGAAGUGAGGGGGGGUAAUACAAAGUGCAUCUGUGUUAAGAGACUUGUGUGCGUGUGCGCACGAACGAGUCGAGAAUGUGCGAUAAUGAUGAAUCCUUUUCGUCACAGCAACAAGACAAUCUGCAUAUUAGAAUGAACGAGAGUGGGGAGUGCGGGGAUGCUAUGCUACUUGCAUAUAACCAAAACAAUUUGGCUCAGGACUCAAUUUCUCUAUGCAGUUCUGAGGCAUCUUUCGAUCAGCAGCUGCAUCAGACCACACAAUCGCUUGCCAUAGCAAGUUCAAUGAUGGCCGGUUUUGGUAUUGACACCAACAGCAGCGCCAAUGCUGGUGGCCUAAUAGGUGCCAACGCGCUCGGUAGCGGCACGAAUAGUAUUGUACGUUAUAAUGAUUUAAAUAUUUUUGGUUCUAGUGAGUCUGUGGGUGUUUUGACAACGCCUACGGCCACAAUACAACCAUCGUUGGCACCGCAAAUUGCUGCCGCAGUGAAUACGGUCAAGAUCAAUGUAGAAGAGUUGCUGCGCGAGAAUCGGGCACUGCGCGAAAAGCUCAAGGAAGUCACAGCUGAUCGUGAUCAUUUGUUAUGCGAAGUGUCGAAUUUACGAUUGGAACUGGAUAUGUCUGAGUUAAAACAGCUGCCGGAACAAAGUUUCCCACAAAAAUCCAUCGAUCGUAGCGGUUCCACCCAAUAUGACAUUGCUGCACCAUCGGGCUCCACAACGUCCGGUUCCACAUUGUCAACGGAUUGUGGCGGCUAUGUUUAUCUGCAGCAACACUACAUACCCUCGAGCUCUUCCAGCGCUGCUAUAAAUUAUCCCGUAAUGCAACAAUCGCACAUGAUUUACCAGCAGCAUCAUCCACAACAGCAACAACAACAAUAUGCAAACUCGUGCCAUCAACAGCAAAUUGCACAUCAGUCAGCAGCCGCUGCAGCAACGGGAACUGGUGGCAUGCAUCAUGGCCAGCAUGUGAGCUUACAUCACCAGCAUCAUCAUCAUCAUCUACUGCAUGGCCAUCAUCAUCAUCACGGUGGUGCCGUUGUGAUUGCCGGCAGCGGUGUUGGCACCGGCGGUGCGGUUGGUGUGGCUGGCAGCGGCGGUCCAGGCAGCACUUCACCAUCAGCCAUACAGCAAAAUAUGCAUAAGAAGAAUUCCAUACGGAAUGGGAGCGAUGUGCUGAAGCGUGCACGUGCACAGACAGCAUACGAGCUCUCACAAGAUUUGUUGGAGAAACAAAUUGAAUUAUUGGAGCGAAAGUACGGCGGUGUGCGCGCACGUAAUGCAGCCGUAACGAUACAGCGCGCCUUCCGCCACUAUAUGAUGGUGAAAAAGUUUGCCUCAAUUACCGCUAUGGCCAAAGCUGAGAAACGUCUUAGCCGCCGCGUACUUAUUGUAUCUGGUGGCGCUGGUGGUACUGGUGCCGUAGUUGGAGGCAUCGAAGACGUGCCUGCUUCCAAUUCGUCAUUAUCCUCAGCAUAUGGCAGCGCAACUGAAUCUCAGCUAGAUUUGAUGCAGCAACAGCAACAACAGCAAUUACAAUCACCGGGCACUACGUCACCGUAUGUCUAUCAACAGUCACAAACGCAACAACAGCAGCAGCAACAUGCGCGUGUUACCAUUUUGGCAGGACCACCGGGCAGUGUGGUGGGCGCCACAUCGGUGCCAAUUGUGUCGUCGAAUGCCAUUUCAGCGCGUACACCGCCCACCCGCUCGCUGUCGAUGCGCGAGCGUCGGCAGCAGGAUGGCAGCCCGAUACCGCGCAGCCAGUCAGGCGCAUCAUCGGUUCCCAUUGGUGGCGGUGGUGGCUCCUCCGCAUCUUCAACAUCUUCCGGCGGCACACUUGGUUCAACCACACACCCACACGUCAACCUCUUACAUGCCACCGAGCCACAUUUCUACGGCAGUCAACAUCUAGCCACACAUUAUUAUCAAGUCCCACCACACGAGGCCAGUUACGCCAGCUCGGCGAACAAUUCGCACUUGGACAGCUCGUUGAAUACGUCGUGGGCGAGUGUAGCAAGUGGAACAUCGCCACACACACCCUACUAUUCAGCGGCACAAAUUUACAUGCGACCCAAAGGCGCGCCCGGCAGCACAUCGGCCGAACGCAAGAAAGUGCCACCCGAAGUGCCGAAGCGCACUUCCUCUAUAGCAGCACAACAGCACGCACAGCAUCUGGCAGCACAGCAACAACAUCAACACAUGCUAAUGAUGCGUCAGACACCACCACCACCAUCACUAUUACGCUCGAACGGGCUCUGCAAAAGCGCCGAGAAUGGCAGUCUCACAUCCGUGCAGAGCUCGGGUAGCGACUCAAGCGUCACAUCGGCCGAUCGUAUCGCCGUCAACAGUGACAUUGGUUCGGAUCGUUCGAAUUCUCCACAAACGUGGAAGCGUAACACAGCCCUCUCGAGUUCACAACAAUUCGUACAUAACAAUGAUGUGGGCACGGUGGCAUUUAGUCUAGCACAGGCUGGUAUGGUGACCGACGGACGUGGUGGUGGCAGUGUUGUUGGCGCGGCCAAUACGUCCGAUGAUCAUGCCAUAUCUUCACACACAACUGCAGCGCAGUAUGAGCAGCACGAACAGCAACAGGACCAUCACUUGAAUACGACGGCGCCUCUGCAGAAUUACAAGGUUUCAGAAACAAUACGCAAGCGUCAGUACCGCGUUGGUUUGAAUCUGUUCAAUAAGAAACCAGAGAAGGGCAUCACUUAUUUGAUACGGCGUGGCUUCCUCGAAAAUACGCCACAAGGUGUGGCGCGCUUUCUUAUCUCGCGUAAGGGUUUGUCGCGACAGAUGAUCGGCGAGUAUUUGGGCAAUUUGCAGAACCAAUUUAAUAUGGCGGUGUUGAACUGCUUCGCAUUGGAGCUGGAUCUUUCCGGUAUGCAGGUGGAUGUGGCGUUGCGCAAGUUCCAAGCGUACUUCCGCAUGCCAGGCGAAGCACAAAAGAUAGAGCGGCUAAUGGAGGUGUUCUCACAGCGUUUCUGCCAUUGUAACCAGGAUAUUGUUGGGCGUUUAAGAUCUUCAGAUACGAUAUUCGUUUUGGCUUUUGCUAUCAUCAUGCUGAACACUGACUUACAUACACCCAAUCUUAAGCCGGAGCGUCGCAUGCGCGUUGAAGACUUCAUUAAGAAUUUGCGUGGCAUUGACGAUUGUCAUGAUAUCGAGAAGGAUAUGCUCGCUGGCAUUUACGAGCGCGUCAAAGCUAAUGAAUUUAAACCCGGCAGUGACCAUGUGACACAAGUGAUGAAGGUGCAGGCCACAAUUGUGGGUAAGAAACCUAAUUUGGCACUACCGCAUAGGCGGCUCGUUUGCUAUUGCCGUCUCUAUGAAAUACCCGACGUCAAUAAGAAGGAACGUCCUGGAGUACAUCAACGCGAAGUUUUCCUCUUCAACGAUUUGCUAGUGAUCACCAAGAUAUUCAGCAGAAAGAAGUCCUCCGUAACGUAUACGUUCCGUAAUAGCUUCCCACUUUGCGGCAUGGUGGUAACAUUACUCGACGUAGCCAAUUAUCCAUUUUGCAUUCAACUGUCACAAAAAGUCGAUGGCAAAAUACUAAUCACAUUCAAUGCGCGCAACGAGCACGAUCGCUGCAAAUUUGCCGAGGAUCUAAAGGAGUCCAUCAGCGAGAUGGAUGAAAUGGAGGCAUUGCGCAUCGAAGCCGAAUUGGAGCGCCAGAAGUCAGCACGCAAUCGUACAGCCGGGAGUUCUGAAAACCGUGAUAGUGGUGUAGCCGAUGUAGAGGUGGGCGCGUAUCAGGCAACACCCGCCGGCGAACUCGCACCGAAUGCAAACGAUCCAACGCAGCAACUGAAACGCAGCGCGCUCAGCAACAGUUUACUCGACAUGCAUGAGCAAUUUGGCAACGAGAAGCCACAACGGCGCGGUAGCGUAGGUUCAUUGGACAGCGGGAUGUCCAUUUCCUUUCAAUCGACCACCACAAGCAGCGCAUCGCGUGAGAAUGCCGCCGUCAUUGCAGCAGCCGCCAAUGCCGCCGCGGCUAAAAUGCGCUUCAAUCUACCCGCCGGCGCAGCAGUCGCGAUGGGAGGCAAUGUAGGUGCCACGGUCAUUUAUCCAAAUGCAAGUGGCGCCUAUUCACAUGCGACAGCGGGAUUUGUCAGUCAACCACAUGCUAUACUUAUACAACAACAAUUGGUGGCACAACAGCAGCAGCAACAGCAACAAAUACAACAGUUACAGCAGCAACCGCAGCAAUCGGCGCUGCUGCAACAGCAACAACAACAGCAAGCGCAUUCAUCAAUGCAGGGUUCGAUUACAGGGCGCGUGCCGGGUAGCGGACGCGAGCGCAAAUUAUCGCGCUCCGAUGAAAGCGGUCGUUCCACCGAAGUGUGAACAUUGAGAGAGUAACGUCGCUUGCAGGAUUAAAUGAAAUAACUGUAUGUACUUUAAGGGAGGGAGUGAUUUUUUUUUUUUGUAAAUUUGUAGGGGUGUGUAAAUUAUUACCAAAAUAGUUCAAUUCUUUAAUUAAGCUUAUGGAAAGUGUAAGCAAGCUUCGGUUAUGUGGCAUAUUGGAGAAAAGUAUGGCUCAACAAAUGUUUUAUUUUCUUUAAAUUAAAUUUA